GCCGCCGCCGCCGCCCGCACAAUGGGGCCCCGGGUACCGGCCCCGGGUACCGGCCGCCGGCACUGCUGUAGGGACCCCUGCCGCGGGCACUCGUGCUUUUCCCGUCCUCUUGAAUACCCAGGCAUAAAGGCCGGGCGAGAGAUGCCGUCGCGGCACCGUCUCCAGCAAACGUUACCGGAGGAGCCACCGGUACCGACAGAGCCGAGGUCUCGCCGGGCGAAGGGAUAAACCCCGGCCAGGCGGGGAGCGCGGCGGGGUCCGCCGGCCCCUCUCCCGCACAUCCCGGCGCUUUCUGGGCUCCUUCAACCUCCCGCCUUCUUUAUGUGUUCACGGCUGCAGGCCGGGAGCGCCGGGGCACCGUUACCCCUGCGGCUCCACCGGGCGCCGAGAGGACGAGGUUGGCGGUGGGUACGCAGUUGAGGAGCCUGUUGGAGUUCAGGGCGCUCAGACACACGAAGAUUCCACUGGGAAGGGAGGCGAUGCUCCUACAGUCCGGGAAUGCGAGUGGAUGGAGGGGAUGAGGAGGAGGGCUGUGGCCGAGGAGGAUGAGGAAGGUGGCACUGGGGCCAAUGUAAGAAGCUGGGGAGGCAGAACUGAGGGAAUGUGGCAGGUGGUGCCAGUAGGACACAGCCUGGGCUGAGCUGGUGCCUUUGGGAGUGGGCAGUUUAGCCUGGCCAGAGGCUGAGAGCCAAGGAGGUGGCUGUUUUGCACCUUCAUCCCCUCCUUCCUUCAUCAUGUCCUUCCAGUAUCUGCCUGGUUGUUUGCUCCACCAUCACCUGGACAAGCAGAGUGAGGAGAGCUGGCAACACCAGAGGCCAAGACAUGGGCUGCUUGCACAGCUCCUUACUGGGGACCACCUUUCCCCGGGGGAAGUGAAAAGACCCCUGGCUCCACCUCAGCCCUCCAGGAGGAGAAUACCUCCUGGGUAUUCUCCUCCUGUAUUGGAGGUAUUGGCUGUAGCCCCUUGGGUGUCCUCAUGGCAUCUCAUUUCCCCAGGCAGAGUGAUUUUGUAGGGGGCUUUUGCAGUUCACUUCUGGCUUUCAUCUUCUCCUGUCAAUCAGAGAAACUGGUGCUUUUCAUCUCUUUCCAUUUUAAUUUGAGUUUUGGGGUUUUGUGGACCCCUUUUACCAGAGGAAGUGAAGAGGACACUUCAAAUGUCAUCAAGUAAAUGUCUUGACACAUGAGCGAUGGAGUUUUCACCAGAAGUGCAGGAUGGUGGAAAAUAGCCUGAGCAGCUUCCUGCACUGCCUGUGUGGGUGCAACUGCUCUGUGCUGCCACACAGCUCACCCCUCUCUGUCUGCCCCUCACCCCUGGGUGCUCUGCCACGCACCCUGUAGCUUUGGUGGUUUGCAGAAAUGCUCCUGGUUUUGUCCUAUGCCACCAUUGUUGCCAUGCUCCAGUCACCAGCCUUUGGGUGAUUACACUGGAGAGACAGGUGGAAGGAACGGACAGUGGUGUCAGCAGGGCCAGAAUCCCCCAGGAGAGAUUUCAGUUCAAGCCUGGGAGAAGAGAUGCAUCCUUUACAUCCAAGGGUGCUGCCUGGACUCCCACAUGCAAGCAGGAGCUGUGACUUUCUGUGUGAUAAGGGUUAGCACCUGCUGUACCCGUGGACCUUGGGGUGGGCAGGCUGCGGAUGCAGACCAUGCUGUCGGGGGAAUUGUGGCAACACGGCCGUUGGAGCACGGCAGCUGCCUGGGCAUCUUUCCAACAUCCCUGCCCUCUGUUCCGACCACCCUCUCAGUGGUGUGCUGUGCUGGACUGGGGCCCUGGUGCAAGGCUGGCAUGGGCAUUGCUGGGGGUGUCUGGGCCCCCCUUGCUGAGUUGCCCAUCUGUGUUUUCUCUGGUGGGCACAUCCAAUAACAGCUGUGCUCUGUGCUGCAGGACCCACUCCCAUGCUGUCUGCCCGGGCAACAUGUAAAGAGCUCUUUUGUGUGCUCCUGUUCACAUGAAAGGUACCAGGAUAUGGUUUGCCUUUUGGCUUGCCAGGGCAGGAGCCUGGGAGCCCCUCUGCUCUUUCCACAGCUCUCUCAUCUUGGUACUGGGCAGGAGAGCUCCAUGCUGGUGGUAAGGCAGAUGGGCUGCUCCAUUCUGGAAUGUAUUUUGUGUCAUGUUUCUCCUGAUCUGGCCUUGCACCACUACAAGAAACAUCAUUCCUGGCUUGCCCUUUGCUUCCACUCCACACAGAGCUUUGUCUCAGACAGUGACCAACCUGACAGUGUGUCUUGCUACCUGUCUUCCCACUACCUGUGGCACUGAGCAGUGCUCUGCCUGAUAGCCAUGAGUGUCCCUCUGGCAACACUAAGCUGGGAGAAAGAUCUCUGUCCCUUGCAGAGCCUGGGCUUGGGUGGGGUAUGCUGCUGCAGCAGGGGCUGCUCUGGGAAGAGCUAAGUGGAGUGUGUUUCCUGCAGGUAGUGAAGAUGUCCAGCAGCGACCCCGAGUGCCCCCAGUUCCUCUUUGUGAAGGUGCUGGCAAGCCGAGGGCGGCUGGAGGCAGUGACCCAGCAGAUGGGCUACCACCCACAGUACCUUGACAGCUUCCUCAAGACACAGCACUACCUGAUGCACAUGGAUGGCCCCCUGCCCUUUGACUGCCGGCACUACAUCGCCAUCAUGGGGCCAGAAUCACGGUGUCCUGGAAGCUGAGCAAGAGGUGGGUGUGGGAUGCCUGUCCUGCUGGGGGCUGUGCACAAAUGCCAAUGUGCCGCUCUUGCAGGCAGCGGCCCGGCACCAAUGCCGGUACCUGGUGAACCUGCACGUGCUGCAGUUCCUGCGGGCAGGGGGUGACCCCCAGUGGCUGCGCGGCCUCGAAUUCAUCCCCCCCAAACUCCGCAACCUCAAUGAGAUCAACAAGAUCCUGGCACACCGGCCAUGGCUCAUCACCAAGGAGCACAUUGAGAAGCUGCUGAAGAUCAGUGAGUGGAGCUGGUCACUGGCAGAGCUGGUGCACGCCGUCGUCCUCCUGGCACACUGCCACGCACUUGCCAGCUUUGUCUUCGGCUGUGGCUGUGAGCAGGACGAGGGGCUGGGGGGCCGAGGCUUGCUGAAGCCAUUGUCACUCGGGAACCAGUGCUUCUGCGAGGCCACUGCCGGCAACAGCUACAGCCAGGAGUUGCUGCGUAUGAACCGCAAGCGGUCCCUGGACUCCUGCAUGGAGCUGGAUUCCCUCCGGGAAUGCAUGCAGAGGAUCCAUGUGGAGACUGAGGGCAGGGACGAGAUGAGGCUGCUGCAGCAGGACCGAGAGGAAGGGCUCUCCCCUCUUGCAGAUGCUGAUGGAGAAGUCACCAGUGCCACCAACCUUGCCUGCUAUAUGCAGGACCCUGACUUUGGAUACCAGGACUUUGCCCGACGCGACGAGGAUCAGACGCAGGUAUUCAGAGUCCAGGAUUACUCCUGGGAAGACCAUGGCUUCUCACUGGUUAACCGGCUCUACUCUGACAUUGGGCAUCUCCUGGAUGAGAAGUUUAGGAUGGUGGAUGGUCUGCAAAGCAGUGCCAUGGCCAAGCGGCAGGGCUGUGAACCCUCUGUUUUCAAGCGUGGCAUCUGGAACUACAUCCACUGCAUGUUUGGCAUUAGGUACGAUGAUUAUGACUAUGCAGAAGUGAAUCAGCUCCUGGAGCGAAUGCUCAAAGUUUACAUUAAAACUGUCACCUGCUACCCAGAGAAGACAAACUCAGAAAUGUUUGACAGGUUCUGGAAGCAGUUCAAGCACAGUGAAAAGGUCCACGUGAACCUGCUCAUCCUGGAAGCCCGGAUGCAGGCAGAGCUGCUGUACGCGUUGCAGGCCAUCACCCAGUACAUGAUCUCCUAGAUGGUGGGAGCUGUGCUGCGGCGGGGCCGGGCAGCCUCCUCUCUCCCUGAACUCGUGCGGGACCCGUCAUGCUGGGACCGACGGCGAGGGAUUUCUUGAUUUAGUUUACUUGACUGUAUUGUUCCUUUUUGUUGGUUCCCCCCCCGGCCUUGUGGGGGUCACUGAGUGGCCCUGUUACGUGCAAUUACCAAACUGUGAGGCAA